CAUCCACCUGCUCGCGGUACAGGGAUGCCAGGAGAGGCCUCUUCCCGGCCCAUCCGCGCCGCGCAGGCGCAAGCCCACGCAGCGCCCAGACGCCGACCUGAGCGUCCCGUCUCCUAGUAACCGUCCGCGAGACCCUUUCCCCACCACUUUUUUCAUACUCCUGUCGCAGCUGCGGCGGCUGCUGCGCCUGGAUGGAACGCGCAUGCGCGGUGCUGUCUCUCGCCCGCCGGCCGUCCCUCAGCUCUGGGACACCUGCUGCUUCAGGCAGUGACUUUGUACCACGUUUUCUAGGGAUCGGGCAUCAUUCUGCACCCGCGUCAGUGAAACGGUUACUCCCCAGAGUUGCUCUUGGGCAACUUCUUCCUGAGGGAGCCUUCCAGAUAACAUAGGUUUUUACAGCAGUCCUCCUGUCGUCUUGAUGUGGUAUAAGCCUGUGCCUUUCAAAAAUAAGUUCAUGUUUGAGGAAACUAACAAUUCCUAUUCCUAGUAAUCAAAUUGAAGAAACGUUUCCAUUACUUAAAAAGGUAUCUUCAAACAACCUUGAUAUUUGUUCAGCUGUCCCAAUGGGAUUUUCACUUAGUAAAUCUGCUACUCAGGUAUCUGCUAUGCGAAUGGAUUCAAAAGUGGACAGACACUUAAUGCAAGGGACUGAAAACAGCAGGUUGGAACCAGUGACUCGGUUAUUUCAAAACACCAAGAAAAUAAGGUUAGAAGACACAAACCGAAACUUUUCAAGAAUUGAAGGACUUGGCCCAGGAUCUCUUUCAGAGAGCCUUGGGUCAGUGAUAUAUGUUAAAGAAAGUGAUGGACUAGAAAUUACAGAUGUGGAAUGAAGUAUCUUACACAUAUUGCCAAAAAAAUCCAAAAACUGACUUUGAUUAAGUGGAGGUAUUGAAUGAGAGCUGACCCUUAUUGGGAAAUCUAACAAAAUGAAUGAAGACUGUUGUUUUAUAUUUUAUUAUUUAUGAGACAUCUUAAACUAUAAUUUUUGAUGGUGCAAAAACUGUGCAGGUCCUGGGUUCCAUCCCCAGUAACUAAUACACACACACACGCACACACACACACACACACACACACACACCAGUUUGAACAUGUUCCUGCACUGUAAUAUUUAAUGACCAUCUGUAAUGCUCAACUGCAAAAUCUCAAUAUUCAUUUUUGAAAAAGAGGAAAAGGCAUCUUCUUUGGGGAGAAAAAUAUUUUAUAACAGACAUGCUAAAUGUAUUUGUAGGAAAUAUAUAAAGCAAUUUGUAGUUCCUUUAGGGGAAAAAAAAUCCUUCCAAAAUUCAAGGCAGAUUUCUCAGGAUUAUAUUCUAUCCUUUUUAAAAACCAGAAUAUUUUAGUAACAGUGUUUGAAUUGCAACAAAACUUUUUGCUAUGUUUUUAAUGACUUUCUUAACAAGUGUUGAGGGGGAAGCACCCAAGUAUUCCACACCAGUAUUUUAUGCUAUUUCUGCUGCACCAUUUUGUAUAUUGCAUUUUCAAUUUGGAAUUUUGCUUUAGGUUACUUUGCAUUUCUGUUCUGUAAAAGAUUCCUACAACCAACCAAUUGAUCUACAACCAACCAAUAAAUUAUAUAGCUUUAGAAGCAUUUCACAUUUAAAAUUUUCCUUUUAAAACUUUCCUCCAUGUGGAAUUCAUUUUAAAGUUGGAAAAUAGUUCUUUCCAAAUAUCAUAGUGUAUUUUGCAGAUGCUAACAUGUUAUACCACCAAUAUUUUGUAUAAGAAAAACAACCUAGCAUUCAAAUCUUGUUUUACAUAUCAGUUAUUGAAAUAUGUGGCAGUUUGAAACAGCAGUGUUGUCCCAAGUAAUGUUAGAUGAAAUUAGAACCAUUUUGUAUCUAUCCCUAUAGUGACCUGUAUUUAUAUUAUGCAUGUUGUUUGUUUUUUGGUACUGGGACUUGAACCCAGAGUCUCACAAAAACUAAGCACAUGCUGUACCAUUGAGCUACACCCCUAGUCUAUUUUAUACAUGUUUUGAACAUAGCCGGGGGUAUAACUCAAUGGUAGAAUGCUUGCAAAGUCCUUGGUUCCAUCCCCAGUAAUUAACACACACACACACACACACACACACACACACACACACAGUUGGAACAUGUUCUUGUACUGUAGUAUUUAACAACUGUCUGUAAUGCCCAACUGCAUAAUCUCAGUAUUCAUUAAAAAAAAAAAAAGGAAAAGGUAACUUCUCUGGGGGUAAAAAUACCAGACAAAUGCUAAAUGUAUUUGUAGGGAAUAUUGAGCCUAGAGUAAAAAGAACCAAAAAUUGUUGAAUGAUAUAUAAAUAAGUAAAACAAUGCUUUUUAUCACUUAGAAAACAUAAUUCUUUGGAAAAGAAAAAAAAAAACAUCCAUUGUUCA